UGCCUUGGAACGUGAAAUAAAUGUCUAUCCACCCUAUUACAAAGUACGAGAAGCUACGUCACAUUGUUAUCCAUCGAAAGUCUCUAUCUGCAUAAGUGAAGUGAAAGCUGAAAUUAAUCUUCAAGACUCACUAGAUCUGACAACACAACGCAUCUUAAAAGUUCAAUCAGAUGUCUUUGCUUAAACUUCUGCAGACAAAAUGCAAAACAUAACUUUGAUUUCUAAAUGGGGUUGCGAUGGCAGUAGUGGUCAUUCCCUGAAUAAGCAAAUUUUUCAAGAUUCGUCUAAUUCAGAUGCUAGUCUUUAUAUGAAUUGCUUAGUGCCUCUACAACUUCACGGUACUUGCAACGGAGAUCAUAAAAAAAAUUAUAUUGUGGCAAAAUCCCAGACCUUCUGCCACAAGAUAUUGCAGAGCAGUAAAGCUUGAGUUCAAAAAUGAAACGACUGAUGCUAUUCAACAAGAGAAGUUGAUGAUGGACAUUAAAAUUAAAAACCUGGUCCCUACAGUUGCGAACUUACAUAAUUCUCAAUCUUUUGUUGUUAAGCAUAUUUUAGGUAUGACAAUGAUUGACGGAAAAACGUGUAAUGCGAUUACUGAUACAAAGUCUGCACAGACAUGCAAUAUAUGCAGAGCUACAUCAAAAGAGAUGAACGACUUGGCGAAACUAAAGACCAAGAAGAUAAAUACAGAUUUUUAUGAAUACGAUUUAUCAACACUGCACGCUUAUAUUCGUUUUUUUUAGUGGUUAUAUCAUGUUUCUGUACGACUUGAAGUGAAGUGUUGGCAGAAAAGAAAAGAUGUGAAAGAAAAAGUGGAAAUCAGAGAAGAAAAUAUAAAGUUUCACAGAGAGAUGGGUUUACCUGUAGGUAUAAUUAUACAAGGAAAAGGUACCACGCACGACGGAAAUCUGGCUCGUCGUUUUUUCGAAAACUCGAAAAAGUCUUCUGAAAUUACAGGACUUAAUGAAAAUCUGAUUUCAAUGUGUAAUACCAUUUUGAAAGCAUUAUCAAGUGGAUAUGCAGUUGAUUCCUCUAAAUUUUACAAUUAUUCAUUGGAACUUGCAAAUUUAUAUGUAAAUGAGUAUUCGUGGUAUCCAAUGCCAGCUAGCGUUCAUAAGAUAUUGAUUCACGGACAUGAUAUUUUAAAAUCAGCUUUAUUACCUAUAGGUAUGAUGAGUGAAGAAGCCCAAGAGGCUAGGAAUAAAGAUUUUAGAAAUUACCGUGAAAAGUUCACAAGAAAGAUAUCUAGAGUACACACGAAUGAAGACAUAUUACAUAUGUUUCUAAUUUCGUCAGAUCCAGUAAUAAGUUCUCUUCGAAAAUUGCCUAGUAGGAAAAGUGGUAGCAUGCCUCAAGCCGUUAUCGAUUUAUUGGAAGAUCCUUCAGCAAGUUCAUGUUUUAUAGAAAUGGAAAAUUAAUAGUGCCAAAG